AAGGCCAUUGUGCGGAUCUGUGUGUGUUUAAAGUUAUUUGCGCUUAAGAAAUACCACCAAACUUGUUUAAGACAUAAAGAGGAUUUGUUAUUUAAAAACGAACUUUGGAAGAUUAUAUUUAAAGAAUUUUACGGGAAAAUGUAUAGUGUUAGCAUUUGUGUUAUAUUUACAUUCGCAUAUUGCACUACGUGGUAAAUUACUGAGCAACUCUUAAUAGCGAUAACGGACAUACACAAACGGUUUUUAUUACAACCAAGCUUAUUCAGCCUUCUGCGCCAGGAUCCUUGUUUCCCCUUGCCCCUGUUCUAAUAUGGCGGCAAACACAUUAACGUUUGUGACUCACGUCACGUCAGCUGGGUACCAGCAUGGAGGUUGCCAGGCACAAACCCGUCGAUAGACAGGCCACAUUCGAUACUGAAGCCCAGACAGGCAAUCUCCAACUGCCUGUCAUCGAUACGAAUGCCGAUAUAGUUUUAAAGACUAAAGGCAAAGACAAAGUCGUAAAAGACUACAACGCAAAUACACACUACAAUAAAAAACAGCCCGUGUCAGUGAAAGACAACGAGAACGUUAAAAUUAAACAACACAGCUCUGAAAAACAGAAAGAAAGGAAUAAAAAGCCAGUAACUGGAACUCAACUUGCGAAUUCUAAACAAGAAAGCAAAGAUUCAAAACGUCCAAAUGUCUCAAACCCUACUGUUAAAACAGUAGCAUCAACUAAAAAGGAAAACGAUACAAAGGCGAACACCCGAGACAAAGACAAUAAACUUCAGGCACAAAAUCACAACAGUGAUUCUAAACAAACUCAAGCAAUUGCAAUUUCAAAAUCUUCAUCACUCAGCAAAGCUAUCGAAGCAAAGCUUGCGGCAAAGGAACAAGAAAAGAAAGGUGCUGAAAACGGGGUCAAAUCAAGUACUGCAAAUAGUACAACAGCCAAAACAGUUCCAACAAAAAGCAAUGUUGCUGUAACGCAAAGAGUAGCGAAGAAUGAACCUCUAACGAGCGUGCAAAAAAUAGGAAAGGCUGAUCAGACUGCUUCACAAAAGCCGAUCAAGAGUGAAACUGAUUCAAGCAAAGAGAAAUACAAGGAAGGAAAUUCCAGACCAGCAGAAAAUCAGCAAGCUGCAGCAAAAGCUUCAGUCCUAAAAGGCAUUAAUAGGAAAAGAAGUACAAGCCCUGUCAAAAGGGACCCGAUUUCAAAAAAGGAACUGAAAGUUGAUAAGGACAUUAUUGUGAAUGCUAACACAAAAGGUAAGGAACUUAAAUCCCCCCGUGAAGUAAAAGAAAGGGAAAGUAAUAAACAUCCAUCUGGGAGCAAGAGCCCACCAAAGGUUGAAUCAUCAGUUAAAAACCAAAACAGCCCGAAGAAAAUCGAAAAGCAGGCAGAUCAAAUAGAUAUUGAAGAUUCUAAUAAGCCAACAUCAUUACCGACUACUUUGAAUAGUGAUAAAAAGACGGUUGGCAACGCAAAAAAAGAAUCUCCAAGGAGAUCUUUAGACAACGAAACAUUUCAUGUAAAAGUUGACGAUAGCAUAAAUGAAAAGAAAAGCGAUAAUGUAAAGUCAGAGGUUAGAUUAUCUACUGAUAGUGUAGGGUCGCUGAGUGAAUCUCAGAAGCAAACGUACGUUUUAUCCCCUUCACCAACAAAAGUUGGGUCUCAUUACACAAGAACGAAUCGUGUGUCCAAUCCUGGUAGGCUCAGUCCUUCAAACGAAUCAGUCGAACCAAUAAAACUCGAUAUAAAGCCUGAAGCAGACCGCACGAAAAUGAACGGCCGAGAAACGUACGAACACGUUUACGCAGAGAGAAACACAUUACUUAAAGCUGAAUAUACGUAUAAAAAGCGUAUAAAACAGCUAGAAGACGAAGCAAAUGGAUUUUUAAGAGCCAUUGAGGAUCUGACGGCGGAGAAUCGACAGCUUCGGGAUCAACUUGAACAAUUAGAAGGUGGUCUACAUGUUCAAGGCAAAGGAGAGAAUUUGGACAAUGAAAAAAUAGCUCGACUUGAACAGAAAAACGCAGAAUUAGAGUUAAAAGUGACAAGUCUAGAAAAUGCAAACAGACAAGACAAUUCAGCAGCCGAAAUAAGACAAUUGAAGGAACAAAUUGUUGAACUUCAAUCGGAUAACCAAAAGUCAAAUGAUGAAAACAAGCGUCUUAGGAGGGAAAGCGAUGAAAAUAAUAAAAUAAUUUUAGCACUUGAAGCAGAAAAAACAACACUUACAAAAAAUUCGAACGCAUCUGUAUCCGAAAAGCAAAAUAAUAUGCACGAUCUAAAUAAUGAACAAAAACAGACGAAUAAAGCAUUAAAGGAAUACAAAGCCAAAGCUUUGUCAAUGGAAAAGAAAGUUGACGCCCUUGAAUAUGAAAAUAAAACAUUGUCGGAUUCGCUAGCACAGAAAAAGAACGAACUAGAUGAAAUGCUUGGGGUAAUGAGAGAUGAAAACAAAUUUGACAAUGAAAUUAAAGAUUUAAAAGCACAAGUUUUGAAACUAAACAAAGAAAAGCGGGAAUUAGAAAUGGUCAAAAACAAAGAAAACCGAUUGCUCAAUGAAAAAAUACAAGACACCAAAACAGAACUAGAUAAUAAGACAACUGAAUACGAUGAAAUGAAAAUAAAAUUUGAUCAAAUGGAAAAGGAAAAUAAAAAGAUAAAAAGUGAACUUGGUCCUACAAAGAGGGAAGUGGAAAGACUUCGACAGGAGAUCGAUAGGUUGAAGGCCGAAAAUGAACAAUUGAGAAAGGAACUAGAUGAAACUAGAGUCAAGCAUGGUAAUCUUUUAAGCGAGACGAAAAGUGCAAAUAAAGAUAUAAUAGAGGCCAAAAACAAUUUGGAAACGUUCAACAAAGACCUGCAAUCGAUUGUUUCUGACAAGGAAAGUCAAAUAAGUAAGCUUAUCCAUCAACUUGACUCAAUGAAAGAAGAUCGAGAUAAUGAACGGAAGGCGCUAAAAGUUGAAAAGGAAAAAUUAAUUUCUGAAAGUCAGAAGGUCGAGCAGUAUCAGAUUGAAAAUAAAAAGUUGGAUUCUGAUUUAAAACAUGUCAUGGAAAAGUUAGAUGAAUCCAAACUUAAAGAAAAACAUUUGAAUCUACAACUGGAAGACAGAGACUUCAAAGUUUCAAGUGUUGAGCAACAGGUUUUCGAGUUAAAUGUUAAACUGGAUAAUCAUUCAAAACGAAUGAAUGAUUUAGACAGAGAAAAGAGGGAAAUGGAAAAAGAAAAACGGGAAUGGGAUGUAAAGAAGGAUAAAAUCGACGAUAUUGAAGCAAGUAAUAGAAGACUCAUUGAGGAAAAUAAGCGACUUAGAGGACAGUUAGAAAUGUCAAGCUCCUUGACAGCUGACUUGGUGAAGCGUCCGACAGAGCAACCAAAAGAUGAAAAGGGCAUAGUUGAGGCGUGGGUUAAUGAGAAAAUACCAUCUAACCAGCAUGCUUUAUAUGUGCAAAAAGACAAUCACAACAGAAAGCGUGUUCAUCUUGUUAAUCCGGACUUGCAUAAAAAACGUCAGCCCUUCAGUAAGUCGAGUCCUAGUAAACCGUCUAGAAGGGUUGAUCAAAGAAAGGUAGAAUCUAAGUCGUCAAAAUCCCCAAGUCGAAGUCUUGAAGACUUGAGAAAAGCAUCUGACACCAGAACACCAGAGUCUGAGCACAGUCUUCCGGAAUUGAACAAAGACAUGCGUCUCACGGGCGGGUACGGGACUUAUUCAGGGUACCGGGAAAUACAUGCUAAUAGAAUCAGGGCAGCGCAUAAAAAUGUGUACUGAAUAUGUGUAGUUGUGUUCACAAAUGUGUUGCAAAUGCGGUGCCACUUGUAGUUAAAGUGUUAUGUAUAUGAGAAACAAGACACGGGAGGUCAUGUUAGAGAUAUUUUUAAAUAUUGCGAAAGUGCUCUGUAUAUAUCAUAUAUGUGAUUAUUUCGAUUAGAUUGUCAUUUGUUUGUUUCUACUUUAUCUAUACAUUGUAAUUAUAUUUGUAUGACUGUUAGAUAAACGUUUGAAAAAACACACACAUUAUUUCACAGUGUUGCUCAAUAUGUUCGCUAUACAAUAAAAUUAUACAUAGAACAUAGAACAUGUUACUAUAAACAAGAAUUGCAAAAUUAAUCGUUAUCUUAAUUGCAAUUUCCAGGCAAACUUGCUAAAUUGAUUGUAUAUGAAAGUAAUCUGAUGAUGCAAUGAUAUCUUUACUCAGACAUGCCACGCCGAGUACGUUUGGCGAGAACCAUGCUACAAUUAUAGUACCCGCCACCAACCAUUAUAACAAUAAAUCUCAUGUUUGGUUCUUGUAGGUCUUUUAUUAAGCCCGCCUUUUUCGACGGCUGCUUGUUGAAAGGAAUGAAAGUGUUGUUUCUUCUCAA